AUGAAAACAUAAUUCACUCAUAUACCUUUAUUUCUCAAAGACAAGGAUAUCACAGAUAAUGACUAAACUCUUAUCUUACGCAAUAAGAAUAUCAAUACAUGGCCAAAUGAAAUUCCAACUAAAUUACUUAUUCUUGAUUUAAGUGGAAAUAGAUUUCAGACUAUCCCAAAUCAAGUCAAUUUAAUUUAACACCUUUAAAAACUCAUAUUACGAGAUAAUUCAAUUGAUACUAUUGAAACACCUCUAAAUCUACCAUAACUUUUUUAUUUAGAUCUUAGUUAUAAUUACAUAAGUAAUUCUCAUUUAACUAUUAAGGAAAGGUGCCUUCCAGCCUAAUUAGGUUGAAUUCCUUGCAUCAUUUAAACUUGAACUCUAAUUUGAUUGAUGAAUUACCUCGUCAACUCUUUGACAUGUAAUUGUUCUUCUUAGGUAUUGCAAAAAAUGCCUUCAUCAUGAUUCCAUAAGAAAUUUGCAAAGUUAUCUAAAAAUUAGAAUAAUUUGAAUUAGAUUGGUUAAAUUAUUGUAAUUUCUCCUAUUUUAUGGAUGAAUAAUAAUGUAAUAAAUUAAUGAUUGUUUUUGCACAUGAUUGCACUUUUUAAUAAUUUUAUGAACAUUUUAUGAAUUCAUAAUUUACAUAUAAUUUAGAUAAGAUAAUAACAAAUCACUCAUUAGGAAUACUCAAAUUAACAUUUGAAUUUUAAAAAGAAGUUUCUAUGAAAAGUUUAAUUUUUGUUGUUUCUUAACCUGGAACUAAAGAGAACAUUAAAUUUAUAAAUUACUUAAUAGAUCUCUUAAAUUAGAAUGAUUCAGAAUUAUUAAAUGUUGUAUAUAUAUUAAGUGCAAGAACAAAUUAAACUUUUAUCAUUUAAAUUAUAUCCAAAUAUUCAAUUAAUUUACAUUACCCUAUCAAAUUUGACUUAAUUUGCAAUCAUAAGAUUUUAAUAUUAAAAGGUUAAACACCUUAUACUACAUUAUUGUAACAUAGUCACAAUAUAGAUGCUAUUAUGGAGUUUUGGGUAUAAAAAGGAUUUAAUCCUAAAAUUAAACAUUAAGGUGAAAACUGUUUACAUAUAGCUGUAAAACAAAAUUCAUAUGAAGGAGUAAAAUGGGCAUUAAAACAUUGCAAUGUUGAUUAAAGUGAUGGUAUUCAUAAAAAUACUCCUUUGCAUAUUCUAUUUCAAAAAUAACAAUCAGUUGAUAUAUUUUAUUUAUUAGAAAAUUAUAGACCUAAUCCAUUUAUUAUUAAUCGCUAUAAUAAAAUACCACGUUAAUAUUAAACUUAGAUGAUAUAAUUAAGAUUUGUCAAAUUAUAUUUAAAAUAUGAGAAAUGUUAUUUAAGAUUUCAUUUCUUAACAUAUAACUCAAAUAAAUUUCAUGGAAUGAUUACUUUAGGAAGUAGAUCUAAUGCUAGAUAAGAAAGUGAAAUCUCAGCUAUUAAUACAACUGACUAGAGCAUAUUAAGUGGAGAAUAAUUACUUGAAUAUUUACUAAGUGAGAUUUUAAAAAUAUUGAGAUCUUCAAAAUAACUUCCAAUAGUUAUUAAUAAGAUUAAUCUACUCAUGAACAAUUCCUAAGAUUUACAAGCUAAGAUGUGCUUAUAAUCUAUAUUGCACCUUUUAGUUUGUAAAGCUAAGUAUGGUUGGAAUUAUAAAUCUACAUAUUUACCUUAGAUCAUAACCUAAAUUAACAUGUUAUUCAAAUAUAAAUUCUAUUUAGAGAAUAGAUUUUGUUUUUCUCAUGAUAUUAAGUAAAUGAUAACUGAAAAUAAAAAACAAAUAAUAAAUCAAAGUAAUAUUGCAUAAAAUAAGAUUGAAUAAGAUCAUCUUAUGAAUUUAUCUUAAAAGCUUAAAUUCAAUAUCUCUAAUGUAAUUGACAAUCAAGUUAAUUCAAGAUUUCAUGAGUAAUAUGUUAUCAAUUAUAUCAAUAUUGCUUAUCUAGGCAAAAAUAUGAAAAUGUCAAGAUAGGAUAAUAUUAACAUUUUAAACCAAUUUGAAGUGUUAUAGAUCAAGGAUAAUUCAACCGAUGAAUUAAUAGAUAUACCAGAAAGUCCACGUAAUACUCUUCUUGAGAAAAUGAAACAUGCUCCUGUUGUGAAUGCUAAAUUCAAAGAUUUUCCUAAUAUAAGAUCAAAGUCCUAGAUAGAAUUGUGA